GACAGUAGCGGUAUCUUGACUAAAGGCGAUUCAGGCCUGCAGAGUUACUCGAUAGAAACGUUUUAGUUUCAUAUAGUUAUAGUUUUAUAUUUUCAGUUGCUAUGAGCCUGCAGGUUAAAGACACCGACGUUGCUGAUACAGUCGAGAAGCUAAAGCAGAAAUAUUUGGACAGGAGGAAACAGUUGCCCCCCUCAGAAGACACUGCCUCGGGAACCAGUGAUGAGGCAGUACAAAGGCUCAUUUUGGCCAGCAGAUCCAAGCAGCCGAGCAAAGAGUUCAAAUGCUACAGCAAAGCUUUACACGAGCUGUUCAACGCAGUUACCAACCAUCCUGACCAGUUUGGCAGUGAUUGUAGUCUGCAUGGCAGUAAUGAGGACCUGAGUGGGGACUCUCAGGUGCUGUAUACAGAAACAGAUGUGACCUUGCCUUCCUGUCUGGAUGGUAGCCCUGGGUCCCAGGAAACUGAGACUGACGGGAGGUUUCAGAGAGCUCCUCAACUCCAUGACUCAUGCCGUUCCUCUUCCUUAGUACUAGUAAAGGUGUACCAGGAGAUGAUGACCAUAUAUGAAAAACUAAAGGCAGAGCGUCAAAGCCAGCAGCAGUGGGAGAGGGAGCUGCAGGAGCGAGAGAGGAGGCUGAAGCAACAGGAAGAGGCUUUUGGGAGUCUGGCCGGGCUGGAGGAGAUGGUACGCACCGGCAUGCUGGCUGUAGAGGAGAAACACCAGCAAGAGUUGAGCCAGCUGCAGGAUCUUCUUCGAGAGAGGAGCAAAGAGAACAGGAGGCUGAAGUCCAGCUUUGACACCAUCAAGGAGCUUAAUGACAGUAUGAAGAAGCAGAUAAAUGAGAUCAGUGAACAUAAUAAGAAGUUGGAGAGCCAGUCCAAGAGGGCACAGGCCCGACUUGAGAACUUACAGCGGAAAUACGAGUACAGCAUAGCAUCGAGAGCAUGUCAGAAAAUUAGCACAGAGUGUAUUAAACCAUCCAAAAAGGAGAAAACUGCUGCCUCUGGAAAACCCAGCAACAAGGACAGCUCCAUUUCCACCCCACUAAAGCUCUUGGCCCUCUUACUGGACUGGACACUUGAUGGACAGAAGUUCUCAUCAGUAGCAACAAACGAAGGGAACAGGGUUGGCCAGUGUCUGCCUCCAGAAGUCAUACUCAAUGAGAGAUGCCUUAAGGUGCUGCCGUUAUUAGCAGAUCAGCUUCAUCACACUCCACUGUCAGAACCUGACCUCCUCCUCAACCUUCUUCGCCUCAUCCACUGGGCUUUGAGACACAUGGACAGCAGUUCACAGCAUGUAGCACUAUCUGCCACUCUGCGGCGGAUCGGAGAGGAAGUAUCAAAGCCCCCAGCCCAGUUAACAGCGCCUCACGAUCCAGACCUGCCCUCCUGCAGGAGCCGACCCCUUUACCGCAGCCCCUGUUCCCACACACGCAUCCUCUCCACCCUCAUCAUCAUUCGGACUGUCACACAAGCUGAUGUGCUGGCCCAGGUUCUAGACAGUCUUCACACCGAGCUGAUGUCUGAGGAGAGCCGAGGCCUUUUCAUCCACUAUGGAGGAGUGUGUGUGCUGCUGUCAGUGCUUCGGGCUGGCCGUGGAGGUCUGCAAACACCUGUAGACAUCUUGAUACAGCUAACUGAACAGUCCUGCUACUUAAAUCCCUUCCUGGAGGCAUGUAGCUGUGAGGAGUUUUUCCGAACAGCCGCCCAGCUUCUUAAAAACCCUCGCUUGGAGCUCCCAUCGCUGGAGAAGCUAUCCAUCCUUCUCCAGAAGCUCUCCAGCAUCAGGAAGAACCGUCGACUGUUUGAACUGACCUCCCUCCACCUCCAAAUACAAGAACUUAAUCACAAAACCAACCACACAAACACCUUCCUCUGCCUUAACCUGAGAGCCAUCCUCCACAACCUCAAAUAACACACUCUCACACACACACACACACACACACACAUUCACAUGUGUUUCUAUGCCUUAUGCUGGAUUCAAGGUCUCUUAAAAAAUUCAGACUUCCCAGUUGGGAAGAAGAUGACUUGCCUUGUACUUCAGUACUUGAGCACGUUGUUUGGUCUUCCAUGUGUGCUCAGACUAUAAUUACCAUAUUUCUAACUGUACAGUACUUCAAGGCUCCACACUGCUUUGCCUCAAAUAACAUAUGCAGACGCACAGUCUUUAUUUAUAUAGUGUGAUGUGUUUUUGAAGUUCUUUUGUCUGUCAGAAGUAUUUCUUUUAAUAUUGUGUAUGUUUUGCACUUUGUGAUCUGUCUGUUUUUAUGUUCCACAAUGUUAAUCUGAUGUCUUGAUGCCCCCUCCCCCCCCCUUAAAUGAGUGUCAUGCUUGCCAGUGGCCUUAAUGGGUGUCUGAUGUGCUCGGAGGAAGAGACGCUGAGACUGUGAAGCUUUUUAAUGACUAUAAACAAAAAGAACUGAAGGACAUUAAGAUCGAAUUGCAUAUGAAAUGCUGAUAUCCAUAUGUUUCGUAUAAACAUAUUUGUUUGUUCCAGAGCAUGGGUGGGUUGAUCGUUGUAAUGGUCUCAGGAUGGGACACACUGGUGGUGUCUGUUAAUAGAGGGGAUUGGGCGGACUGGAACAAUUACAGCUGAUAUUUAAAACGUGCUAGUUGAAAACCACUCGGAAGUGCUCGGCUGGUCUGAAUUUGAAAGAGAAUGUUUUAAAAGUCCCCUACAGUAUCCAAAUUCCUAAAUUAAUUUCAUGUUAGGUAUUGUGUGAAACAGUGUUCUGGUCAGGGUUCAAAGAUAGUGAGUUUGAUGAAAUAUUUGUUGGAUAUUGGAUCACACAUUUAUUGUAGAAUAUCAGUUACACCAUACUUGCACUGGUUGUCUAUGCAGCUGCAGUGUUAAUAAAGAUUUUUAUUAUGCUUAUUA